GGGGGGGGGGGGGGGGGGGGGGGGGGAGGGGGGGGGGGGGGGGGGGGGGGGGGAGGGGAGCGGUCCGGCCCUUUUCCAGGUUGGGCCCACUUGUGAGGGCCGCAGGCGGAGUUGUGUGCGGGGUGCGUACAAUGGCAUCCAGGAAAGGGAGGGGAGAGCAGCAGUUUGUCCCGGUCAGCAAGGACAAAUAGAGGCAGGCGGAACUGAAGUUCUGCGGGUUCAAGUGGAUCACGAAGGGGCAAACACUGCCAAACUCCAAUGGGAAUUUUCUCAUGGAGUGCAAAUUGUGCGGCCGGGGGUUUCAGGGCAGUCAGUCGAAGGCCACACAACACUUCACAGUAAAAAACAACUGUUCUAAAGUCACCGUGGAGCAGCUCGUGGAGAUUUGGAACAAGACAAAUUACUCGUUCGAUCAUAGCCACCAUCGGAAGAUCCUCGACUUCCUCAGGUCUCGUGGGUUUCGAGCCAAUAGGAAUACUUCGGGGAGGGAGCAGGCGGGGGAGGAGGAGUACGACGACAGCGAGGACGAGAGGAGGGCGGCCGAGGGGGGAGGUGGUGAUAGUGGCGGUGAGUCACAAGACAUGGAGAUGCGGCGAGAGGCGAAGCGCGCCAGGGAUAUUGGGGCGUCUCUUGAUGGGGGUCUGAUGGCCGCUGGGCGACGAGGCCAAGAGGGGGCUGCCAAGGCGAUGAAGGAGGCUGCGCAAUCGAAGAGGAGAAAGAGGAAGGCAACGACACCAGCUCCUUCUCUGCCGAAGAAGGGCAAAGUCCUUCGACAGACUUCCAUGAUGGAGGCCUUCGAUCCGGCGUGGCAACGUGAGUUUUCGAACGAGUUUCUGCAGUGGUGGUACGUGAGCGAGAUUCCAUUCGAGGCGGCAAGGAGGCCAGAGUACCAGCGAGUGAGGAAGCGGCUGCUCGAGUGUCCGCCGUAUACACAUCCUGCGUUGCCCACGCACCGUGUCAUUUCCAGCGAUGACAUCCCAGAGCAGCAGCGAGUUGUGGUGGAGAUGGUGGCGGCCGUCCGCAAGGAUAUUGCGGCGACGGGAGCGACCAUCCUCACGGAUGGUCGCAAGUCCAUCACUAGCGACCAGAUAGUGCGGUACGCGCCAUUCUGGGAGCACAUGGAGGACAUCGUGGAGCUGAUGACGCCUGUGAUGCAGUUGCUGCGUCGUUUGGACAGAGGGGGGUGCGUGAUGACUCGCAUGUGGUCGUGGGCGCUUGCCAUGGUUGACAGAGUGGCGAGGGCGAGACUGAACAUGACAUCGAUGGAGGAGCUCCACAUUGUUGUUCAGGCUUGUCAGGCGCGGGUCAAUCAUAUGUUGGAGCCCGCACCUUGCAUGACCCACCUCCUCAACCCUCGCCACAGGAGCAUUACUUAUUUUGGAGCGGCGAGGCGCACCCAGCACGACAAGACACUCGCGGACGAGUCGCUGCGAUAUCUUCGCCAGCAGACUGGCGCGGAUGAGGAUUUGUAUCAGACAUUGCGCACGCAGUUCGCAGAGUUUCUUAGCCGGGAGGGCGAGUGGAUGUACGAAGGGGUUAAGGGUGACAGGGAUGCGGCCUCCUGUAAAGGGGAGAAGGAGACGUCGCAGGUGGGGCAGUGGUGGGUUCAGCACGGGGACGGGGUCCCUCUCCUUCGGAGUUACGCCAUUUGCCUGACACACACAUGGACGUGCGCCUCUCCAUCGAAGAGGAACUGGGCCGUCCAUGAGCAUGUUCAGGUGAAGAAGCGUAACCAGCUUGGUUUUAUCGAGCUGGCUCGUUUGGUGGAGAUAUCCACCAACUUGAGAUUGAGUCGUUGUCAGGGGAGGGGUUCCGGGUACGUUCUGCCAUGGGAGGAUCCUGAGGAGGAGACAAAGGACAGUAUUCCUCCUCCUCGUGAUGAGGGUGUUCGGCCAGCUGACCGAGUCACGGAGGCGCAGCGGGACCGGCAGGUGCAGCGCGGGCGGAAGGAUCGCCUUUCGAAGGCUUCGCCCAUCGUCGAGACGUAUUUCGGUCGUCGCGCCACGGUGCUCAUGCCGACUGAGUUGGACGCUGUGUACGAUCCCGAGCUUGAUCCUAUGGCUCAGAACCCGAUUAAGGCGGAGCCGUGGUCCGAUCCAGACGACCUGGCAGUGGAGUCAGAGCCGGGAGAUUCUGAUGAUGGGGGCGACGAUGAUCGUCUCGACCAGUUGUUGCAUCCUCGGACGCGUGCUUCCACUGCAGCCGCUGCGCAGCAUCCCCCUCCCCCUCCACCUCCGGGAUCGAGUGGUCGUGCUUCCACCGGAGCCGUUGCGCAACAUCCCUCUCCACCUAUAGAUCGACUAGGACAUGGCGAGCAGGGGACUCGACAGACUGUUGAGGAGGGACGAGGCGACGACGACGAUAAUGACAGAGAGGGGUACGAGGGCAGCAGUGAGGACGAGGAUGAUCUCGCCUAUUCCCCGACACGCGGACGUGGUGACGACGACGACGAUGACGACGAGGGCGGCGACGGCACACAGGUUGCCGGUGGUUUGCAGAGGCCAGGUCGACAGCGUGCCGACCGAUGCAGUGGUGCAGGCAGGGGAGGGAGUGGUGCAGACAAGGGAGGCAGUGGUGCAGGCAGGGGCGUGGUGGGCGCACGAGACACGGGGGCUGCAGGCCAUGGUGGCGGAGGACAGGCGAGGCGAGAGUCUGCAUCGUCCACUUGCAUUGUGCACUGGGUCGAUGAGGGUGCCCCGACAACAGAGGUUGGCGCCGGGUCGGGAAAGUUAGGUGCUAUGUCGGCAGAGGCCGCUGCAGAGGCUGCUCCCUCCAUUGCAGAGGUUGUUGACGAGGCUGCACAGGUUGGGAGCGCUUCUGCGCAGUUGGGUGCUAGUUUUAGUGGUAUGUUGGAUGUUUCGUUAGGGUUUCCUCCGACACCGGCAGACGAGCAUGGCAGUGGUGAUGCGGACACUGCGGCUACGCCCGUCAGUCAGGUACUCCGGGAUAUACCUUCAUGCAGCAUGGGUGACAUCAAUAGCAGCAUGUUGCAGGAGGCAGCAACGGGGACACAGGGUUCGUUGGGGCAGGAGGAGUGUGCACCAGGGGACGGUAGGGAUUGUCGAUCUGAGCACGAGCGAGCGCCUUAGUCGGAGCAGGACAGGAUCGACCGCGAGGAGAGGGAGAUGGCGCAGGACUUGGCUAGCCGUUGCCAUGACACAG